AUGGAAGCUGACAGAAUGUGCAGAAUACUAAAAAUAGAUGAGCCACCAGAAAAUAUUGAAAUACUGAAAACAAGUUGGUUAAGUUCUUGUUUUAAGACUAAAGACAUGGUUCCAACUAAAGGAUUUACAUUGGAUGUAUCAGUUUUCGAAAAGAAAGAUGUAUUGGAAGUUAGCGAUACAAAACCGUCCAAAGAUGCAGAUGCUGAGGGUAGUACAUCUAGUGCAGAUAGUGAAAUGAAACGGGCGAAGGUCGGUGUUAUGUUCCGUGCUAACAAGAAGCCGAAGGUUGAGUCUGAAGGUUGUAAAGAUGACCCAGACAGUGAUUACUCAGCGAGUGAUAAGGAAGAGAACAAUCGGCUACCUGGAAGUGAGAGUGAUGGUCACACCUCAGCUAGCACAACUCCCCAGACCUCACCAAAUAAAAUUAUACAGGUGAAGAAUGUUGUUAGAAGGAUCAUAGUCUGA